AUGCCAGGCCACCGGGCGCGACAGCAUAGCCAAGGCUUCUUCGAGCCCUCUCUGCCACAUGCCACUGCCAAUGCAAGUGGACUGAGUGCGUCACAAAUCGCUGCUCAAGCGGCUAUGCAUCAUAUUUCACCACCGGCCUCCACAGUCAGUAAUGAACGCAAGCGGUCAUAUCCGGGUCUGGCUCCGAUCAACACUUCAGGCCCAGCAGGCAGUCGACGACCGAGCGACCAUGGAAGCCCACAGAUUUCUAUGGGGGCCGGUCUCCCAUACAGCAAUGGCACUGUUGGGGGCAAUCGCUUGGCUGCCGCGACCGCUGCGAAUGUUGCAUUCCCAAAUGGCAGAAGUCCACUUCCUUCGCCGGGUAUGCCUCCACCGCCAUCGACACUAGGCCCUCCGCCUGAAAAGGAGCCUAAGCCGAAAAGCUCGAAGAUGAAGCUUUUCAAACCCAAAAACAUUGCCCUGUCAAAGGAUAAAGAAGCCAAAGUCGGCCCCGUCUUGCCAUCUCCGGGUAAAACGCCCUCAACAUCGAACUUUCUCCGCGGUGGAUUCCCGAACGCUUCAACUACGAGUCUCUUGGAUCAGAGUUCGGCUGCGAGCUCUUUAUACUCAUCAGCCAAUGUCUCCACGUCUACGCUUGUGCCCACGAUUUCUGAGAAGGACAAGGAGAAACGACAUCACUUCUUGUCAAGACAGAAACACAAACUUCGCGAUGAGCCUGCUCAACUACCACUCUCCUCAGCACACUCGAAUUCACAGGCGACAAAUCCUGACAAACCGCAGCCCCUAUACUCCUUUACCCCGGAUUCGCCUGGACCUGGCGCUUUUGCGAAAUCCAUGUCCGGAUUUGACCUCAGGCAUGGUGGCAGAGCUUUGAGAGAGAAGAAAAAGGAGGAGAAAGCUGCGGCUGCGGCUGCUAAUUUGAGCUUGACUCAAGUCACAUCAAACACAUCUGUGGGAACGUCUGAUCAAUACCUUGGGCCUAGUAGCUACGAUCCCAGCUUCUCAGGACCACCAUCUGGGAAUGCGAGCGUCUUCUCUUUCCCCUCUGAGACGACAUUACCUGUGACCGCACAGGCAUUCAGCAAUAUUGGGGCUCAAAUGGGCUUACCUGGAAUUGGACCGGAUGAUGCCUGGCCUCUUCUAAAAGCGCGACUGCUUAAUCUCUUCUCUGGGGAAAGCUUGCGGACCCCGAUCGAGGACUUCAACGCUCUCGUGAGUGUACACGUUCGAAGAUGCAUCCAGCGGAGAUCCCCAAUUGUGCUGGUUGAAGAUGUGAGGGAACUCCUGCAAACUGGCUUCAGCUCUCUUGCUCAGACUUUGAGAGGUGUGCCGGAUGAGAGACUCGUCACAAAUCUGGUCGAGAUGUGGAUAGGGGUAUAUGGUGCCAUAUUGCCGUUUUUGCAGGCGGUCUUUCUACCUUUGGAGCUGGAAUUCAAAGGCCGCGGUACUGUCAUGACGCAACGAGAGGCACAGGAAUUCUGGGGCGCGAUCCCAGAGUCGCUGAAAUCAGAUGAGCGACCGACUUCUGCUGGGGGAUCACAACGACUCCCAAAUAUGGCGGAUGAGCUCGAAGUAAGGCGCAUUACUUUGAUUGCUUUCAGGGACACUGUGAUCAUCCCAAAGCAUGAAAGUCUGAUGAAUAUCUUCAGCCGCUUGUCGCUGGAAAGUCUGAAUGCUGGAGUCACGCCUGAAAAUACCACCAAAGGACGAGAACACGCUCGAAGCGAUCCAGCAACGACAGGCGCAGAACGACCAGGGACUGCAGGCAGUCUCAGUCCGAGGCUCAGCAGUUUCAACUCACAAGGUUCGACAUUGCUGGAUGCGGCGAGCACUUCAUCUGGAGGUGCGAUGAGCCUUGCCAGCCGAAGCAGAGCCACUUCAAACACAUCAGCUGGCAGCUUUGGUACCAGCAUGCCACAUCUGAGCUCUCCUCUGGCAGGACCAGGCUCAUUCAGCGUGACGAGUCAACCUCAAGCAUCUCCGGUGGCGCUCACUGAUCCGGCAAAAGUCACAGAGACUGUAGCCAGGAUGUUGCAAUGUCUGUACGUCCUCGCAUCAUGCCAGACUGGAGAUGUAGCUCAGGGCAAUGUCGAGCGACUUACAGGAGCGUUAAAGUACAAUUGGCUAGGACGGGGUCGCACGGGACGAGAUAGGAGAGGCUGGGUUGGAAUGAAAGGACAGAGAGUUGGACUAGUAGGUGCGUAG